GCUCGUGUUCCACUUGUACUAAAAACGCCGGGACUCGCUACUUCCUCUUCUCUCUGCGCCAACUCAACUGCUAUUGACACAUCAAAAGUCAGCACGCACGUGCUCUACAAUGAAGCUCUACAUCAAUAUCACGCUUCUGCUUGCAGCCCUCCUCAACUUCGCCUACACCCUUCCGGCAGGUGGCACCGACCUCUCGGUCCCCAUCGACGACACCGUCGCCCUCAUCGAUCCCACCGACCGCACCAGCGACACUCUAACCAUCAACGGCACCACUGCCCUCUCGGCCGGCAUCCUCACCCGCGACCCCGUCUCCGGCAUCUGUCAGCUCAACAUCGGCCUCGUCGAGCACUUCCCACGUGGUGGCACCACCGGCGGCCGUCGCGCCUCAAUCUUUGUCGGUGCGCUCAUGGACGGUGCUAGCAAGGACGUUUGGUGGCGGUGGGACAGCGGCGAGAGUGGGUACCCGAACGGCCGUACCACGGAGCGACGAAUCGAUAACUACACCAUCCGCAUCUACGACUUGACUCACCCUGGCGAUAGUCUCGGCUUCAGGUGGGUGCAUCCUGACAACAACUGCCCGGAGGACGAGUGGAUGGACUUCAACUUCAACGGCGUCAAGUGGAACGAUCGCGCACGAGACUGCGCCCGCGGAAACUGCUGCAAGACAGGACCUUUCUACGGAGACGGCAAGGACAGGAUGAUCAGGGGCAUUGGUUGUGCUUUCCACUGCUGAGAAGUGAAGAUUCGAAAUCUAAUCGUUGGAACGAUGGCAA